AUGACCGCCUGCAUAUCUCAUGAGUUUUCCCCUUCAAUGGCGACCAAGCUUCAAUCCUCAUCAAAGCUCAAAAUGAACGGUGAUACCUACUCUUCCAGAGAUACUGGUCGUUCGCGCGAUCACUUCGUAAGUACCAGCCACAAUCUGGCCGCAACACCUCGGCGACUAACCCAAAUCCAGCGCGACGAGCGACGAGACCGAGACCGGGGUGACCGACCCGAACGUGGUGACAGACCAGAGCGAGGAGAGAGGAGGCGAUCUCGUUCUCCCCAUCAUGGAUCCCGAGGCGAUUCCCGUCGUGAGCGCGAGGUGAAUUCCUAUUCUACAAGUCGCGACUACCGUGCCCGCGAACGCGAGGACCGCUACUCUGGUCGCCGUGAUGAUCGGGACUGGGACCGCGGAGACCGCGGAGACCGUGGAGACCGCGGAGAUCGUGGCGAGCGCGGCGAGCGCGGAGGUGAACGAGGAGAUCGUCGACGUCGUGACUUUGAUGACAGGCCCCGUCGGGACUUGUUUGAGGAGCGCCGAGGCGGCGGUGGCCGUGGUGGUGAUCGUGGUGAUCGUGGAGACCGUGGAGACCGUGGAGAUCGCGAUAGACGCGAACGCAAGCGCAGCGCUACACCCCCGCGCCGCAAGGAACCUACUCCAGACUUGACCGAUGUGCCUUCAGUUUUGGUUCGCCAGCGCCGAUUGACUCAGUGGGAUAUGAAGCCUCCUGGAUACGAGAAUGUUACUGCUGAGCAAGCAAAGAUCUCUGGAAUGUUCCCUCUCCCUGGAGCUCCUCGUCAACAACUCGUGGACCCCAGCCGUAUGAAGGAAUUGCUGAACCCUCCCACCGGUGAUGCCGAAAACGCCGCUCUCAAGCCCUCCAACUCCCGCCAGUCCCGACGUCUUUUCGCCUACAACCUUCCCAACGGUGCCACGAGUGGUGCCGUUAUCGCUUUCUUCAACCUUCAGUUGAACGGACUGAAUGUCAUUAAGAGCGCCGAUCCUUGUAUCUCAGCCCAGGUUUCCCAAGAUAAGGGAUUCGCUCUCCUCGAGUUCAAGGACGCCAAUGAUGCCACCGUCGCUCUGGCCUUCGAUGGAAUCACCAUGGUCAAUGGCUCAGAGAAGGGACUUGAGGUGCGACGACCCAAGGACUACAUUGUUCCCAACGGCAGUGUAGACCAGCAAGUCCAGGAGGGUGUCGUCCUCAGCGAAGUGCCCGACUCCCCCAACAAGAUCUGUGUUUCUAAUAUUCCCGCCUACAUCCCCGAGGAGCCUGUCACAAUGCUGCUUAAAUCAUUCGGCGAGCUUAAGUCAUUUGUAUUGGUGAAGGAUGCCGCAACCGAGGAGUCUCGGGGAAUUGCUUUCUGUGAAUACGCCGACCCAGCCGCCACUCCUAUUGCCGUUGAAGGGUUAAACGGCAUGGAGCUUGGUGACCGCCACCUCAAGGUUGUGCGCGCCAGCAUUGGAACCACCCAAGCUUCCGGCCUAGACAUGGGCGUCAACGCCAUGCAGAUGUUCGCCAAGACCACCUCCCAGGAUCUGGAGACCACCCGUGUCUUGCAGCUCCUCAACAUGGUCACCCAGGACGAGCUUGUUAACGACGAGGAUUACGAAGAAAUUAUGGAAGACGUAGGCGAGGAAUGUGCCAAGUUUGGCAAGAUCAUCUCCAUGAAGAUCCCCCGCCGCGGCCACGGUGCCGGCAAGAUCUAUAUCAAGUAUGACAAUGCCGAGUCGGCUUCCACUGCCCUCAAGGCACUGGCUGGACGAAAGUUCUCGGACCGUACAGUUGUUGCCUCGUACUUCGGGGAAGAGAACUUUGAUACCGAGGCCUGGUAA